UUAAUACAGUAAUGAUCACGUGGGAGUCUUCUGUAUACUGACGUUUCAGACCGCUGUCAGAGGACAUGGUCUGUCAAAAGCAGAUCCCGUCUUGCCUUGCAUUCAUGCUGCAAGGAGAACAGAAUCAAACGCACUCGGCAAGAGCACAGCCACACAAUCUUGCCUUAGCAGCCGAGCAACCCAAAGGAAUGAACGGGGCUUCGAUAAUAUGCUGCGUACAGCCGGAGAAUCCGUCCACACGCAGGGCUACUGCUUUCUGCUGCUGAUGCCUAUAAAAUCCAAACAAGCAGGAGGACAGCUGAGGAUUGCGGGACUGCAUCACUUGACUAAAGAGCUGACGAUGGGGUCUCCAGCGUGGCUACUGUGCUGAGCAACUGUCAUCAGUAGUGCUUUUGUGCAGGCAGUUCUGUGCAAUCAACGGGCAGGAAUGAGCAGGCAGAUGGGCAGACAAAAGUAAAAAUUAAGCACCUGCCGAAUUAGCCCAUAUACGCCCAUGCUCAGCAGCAGUGUCUUGCUUUCAUGGUCAGCCAAAAGCAUGCUCGCAGCCGACGUAUGCAUCUCUAACCAUAAAGGACCCGAUAAAGAAAGCUUUCUUCUGUGGAAUACCCAGAACAAAGACGCCACAAAUUUGGAUAUCAAAUGCCAGCCGCAUCUACUUAAAUUGGUGUGUUGCUUUCAUGGACCUUCUAACUUUCAGAAAGAUGGAUUAUUUAUCAACAGAUCUAAUUUUAACGAGCUGAUAACGGAAAAGGGUCUACAAUAGGCCAAUUAUCCCACGUAUUUUCUGAAGAAGCAGCCACCAAAAUAUAUCGUGCUUGGAGCACUUUAAUGAGGAAGAUCCUUGGCUAUCAUGCUAAGUAAGGAAACAUAACAAGGGCAAGCACCAUCAAGGUAUUGGUCGCUCCAGAGGGCCCUGCUACAAUAUGCUUCAGUGGAGAAGACGCUGCUGCUGCUUAUUGAAGAUGACCUGGAAUGUUAAACGGUCUCUGUUUCGGACUCAUAUUAUUGCACUUUUAUGCCUAGUGUUUUUGUUCACUGUGUUUCUGCUCAUCAAUCAGCACGACUGGGUCACGAGCAAAGCUUGGUCGCGAGAAACCGGCUUUUCCGUUUCUCACACUAUGAGGGGUAUCAGGUCACCAAAAAGUACUGCCAACCAGAGCACAACGAGAAGUGUUUGGAAAGAAAAUUCUCAAAAACACAGGAUCCAUACAGUGAAUGACAGCACCGCACUUUCGCUUCUCGAUGUAACUGGAUUAGGGGAUAUAUUGGGUGCCAAUGGGACCACAUACAGUGAAAAGAGAACAGGCUUUAAUCCCCAUCAUCAUUACAAGUAUGUCAUUAAUGAACCAAACAAAUGUGAAGGGGACAGCCCAUUCCUAAUCGUGCUAAUUGCAGCGGAACCUGACCAAACUGAAGCAAGAUAUGCCAUUAGGCAGACCUGGGGAAAUGACAGCAAUGUUCCUGGAUUACGUGUGAUACAUCUCUUCCUCCUAGGUGUUAGGAAGACCAGUGACACCCUUCAGCAAGCUUUAUUGGAAGAAAGCCGACAGCACCAUGAUAUUAUUCAGCAAGACUUUCUGGAUACAUAUUACAAUCUAACGAUUAAAACUCUGAUGGGAAUGAACUGGGUCACAACAUAUUGCCCACAUGUGCGGUACGUCAUGAAGACAGAUAGCGACAUGUUUGUGAACACGGAGUAUUUAAUAAACAAACUCCUGAAGCCUUUGCACCCACCACGACACAACUAUUUCACUGGGUAUCUGAUGCGUGGCUACUCACCAAACCGUAACAAGGAUAGCAAGUGGUACAUGCCUCCAGAGCUCUACCCAAGUGAGCGUUACCCCGUCUUUUGCUCAGGGACUGGUUAUGUUUUCUCUGGGGACCUAGCCGAAAAGAUUUUCAGAGUCUCUCUGAGUAUCAGGCGUUUGCAUUUAGAGGAUGUCUAUGUAGGUAUCUGCCUUGCCAAACUGAGAAUUGACCCUGUGCCACCACCCAAUGAAUUCCUUUUCAAUCACUGGCGUGUUUCUUAUUCCAGCUGUAAAUACAGUCAUAUAAUUACCUCCCAUCAGUUCCAACCCAAUGAAUUAAUCAAGUACUGGAACCACUUGCAGCAAAACAAGCUCAAUGCCUGUGCCAGUAUGGCAAAAGAUAAAGGCCACAGAGGACAUGGUAGGAACCGCGCAAAGAAAAUGCACUGAUGCAUAAUCCAAAUCUAAGAUUCCCAAUCUUCACUGAAUUAUCCAAGCAUGUAUAAAAACAACGUUUGAAGUCAAUGCUGUAAAACAAAAACAUUUAAAGUUUGCAUUUUAAAUUAAAUUCAUCAUUUAAAAGUCAAAUUGAAAAAGUCGCAAGCGAACAAUGGACAAUAAAUGUUGUGGUGACCUGCUUUUGAAGUUCUCAGUUGACUGAAUGUAUAUGUAAAGCAGACGUUAAUUUAUGUUAGGCAAUGCACAGCAGUGACCUGCACAGAAGUAUGGAAAAUAUCCAAACUUAAGCUAAGUGGCAGCUCCAAAUUUUGUUGGUUCACUGUUCAAGUUUUUAUCCACCUGAUGAAAACGAGUUAAUGAAUUUUGUCGGAAGUGUAAACUAUAAUGAAACCACAUUUUCAAGAACAAUGUACGCACACUUCAAAGAUAUUCUGCCUUUUAAUUGAAAAGGGACCUGAAAAAUUAAUUCCCCAAUCCACUUGGACUACAGAAACAAAGCAAAUAUGAAUAGAACUAGAGGUUACUUUAUGAAUGGAACUGUAUCAAUUAUUUUAAGAUCAACUCUUUCUACCCUUAGAUUGUUAAUGAAAAGCACCCAAAGCCAAACAAUUAGAUUGAAUAGAAGAACCUUUUCUUGUUAUAAAAAUUGGAGAAGUUAUAUUACUUAUCUGGAUCAUACACAUGCAUCAAUAUUUGUGUUCGUUCGAACAUUCCAGUAUAUUAUUUCUGACCUUAAACUUGUGUAUUCUGACGGCAGGAAGAAAUGCAAAACUCCCAUUUUUAACCUUGUCUAUUUAUUUGAAAAACAUUUAACUCAUCCCUCUUUGUGUUGUGAUAUAUCUCCUUUAGUUUAUGAAGGAAGUUUGUGCAGGCGCCAAUGGAGCUUUAUUAAUGCAAUAAUUUGCCUUUAAUUUGAAGGUCAAUGAUGUUCUUAUCUUGCUGACAGGUUAUGGUACUUGGUUUCCUUUUUUACCAGUGGCUCUAUUGUACAUUAUUAUGCUUUAUCUGCUGUGAUCAAUGCCAAGAUCAAUGUUCAGCUCCAAAGGUUGAAUUGAAGGCUUGGAGAUGAUUACUAAAUCACUACUGGAAACAAAAAACUUGUGUUUGAUGGACACCAUUAAAAUAAUUCUGGAAUGCAA